CAAACUAUUGACUCUUCAAGUAUAGUCUAUGAUUUUCGGAAUAGCUAACUGUAUGCGUUCUAUCGUUCAACGUUAACUUCGCGGCUCCCUGAAAAGAGUCGGAUAACCUGUAUUUCUUUUUUAAUGAAAUAUCUCGAAAAAGAAUGUAUAUAACGAAUGUUUGUUUUUUGAUUUUCUACCAUCGGUGUUGGAUUUAAAAAAAAAAUAAUAAUAAAAUAAAAUAAAAAUAAAUCAGAAAGAUAAUUCUCUCUUCAAAUAAAUAUAUAUAUAUAUAUAUAUAUGUAUAUAUAUAUAUAUAUAUAUAUAUGUCUCGAGACAGAGUUGUGAGAUUGACAGAUCAAAGAAAAUAACGAUUUUUUUUCACGAACAUUUAAAUACAACUUUGUAAUAACUUAGAAAUGCGAGUGUUGUUACAAAAGUUGUACAAGUUGUAUAAAUUGUAAGGAAUAAAAAAAAAAUAAAUAAAUAAAUAAAUAAAUAAAGAAAAAAGAAGUGAAAGAAGAAAACGUACAAAGAAAAGGAUAAAGAAAAUUUUUUGUGUACAGAACUUACGCCUGUAAGAAAUAUUUUUAUAUAAGUGAAAUAAUCUCUAUAUUAAUUCUCUGUGGAAAAGUUUAUAUUAUAUUUUUUUAUAAAUCCACACGCGCAUUAAACAUAUACAUAUAUUUCAUAUAACUCAGAAUUGAUUUGUUGCGUUGGUGAUACUUCUUCACAUAACAAAUGUCAAAAAACAAAUUAAACUUGACAUUACCACCUGGCUCGAUUGAACCGGUUCCAGCUGUAUCCCCAUCACCACCAGUUCCACCACUGCCUACAUAUUCAGAACCACCCGUUAUACCAGACGGUGUAAUGGGCAAGAUGAGUAUUGAUGCUAUUCAAGAAAGAUUAGAAGAGUUGGAGAUGGAUGAGGAGCAAAGAAAGAGAUUAGAAAGUUUCUUAGGACAAAAAGAGAAGGUAGGAGAAUUAUGUGAUGAUGAUUUUGAAAAACUUGGUGAACUAGGUGCUGGCAAUGGUGGAGUUGUUAUGAAAGUUAGACAUAAAAAGUAUGGGCUUAUUAUGGCAAGAAAGUUAAUUCAUUUAGAAGUAAAACCAGCUAUUAAAAAGCAAAUCAUAAGGGAAUUAAAAGUAUUACACGAAUGUAAUUUUGCUCACAUAGUUGGAUUCUAUGGUGCUUUUUACAGUGAUGGUGAGAUUAGCAUAUGCAUGGAAUACAUGGAUGGAGGAUCAUUAGAUUUGAUAUUAAAAAAAGCUGGUAGAAUUCCAGAACCUAUUCUAGGCACUAUUACAUCUGCUGUACUGAAAGGUCUAAGUUAUUUGCGCGACAAGCACGCUAUCAUGCAUCGCGACGUUAAACCAAGCAAUAUUCUUGUAAAUAGUGCAGGAGAAAUAAAGAUUUGUGAUUUUGGUGUCUCUGGUCAAUUGAUAGAUUCCAUGGCUAAUUCGUUCGUUGGUACCAGGAGUUAUAUGUCGCCAGAAAGAUUACAAGGUACUCAUUAUUCCGUGCAAAGUGAUAUUUGGUCGUUAGGUUUGUCACUCGUUGAAAUGGCUAUCGGUAUGUAUCCCAUUCCACCACCUGAUGAAAAAACGUUGGCAUCGAUAUUUGGCACACAAACAGGAAGUCAAACUUCAACAGAGACUGCUACGACAAAUAGCGAACCAACACCUGCUCAACAGUCACCUGGACAUAGCGCAGGUAGCCCAAGACCUAUGGCAAUAUUUGAAUUAUUAGAUUAUAUCGUCAAUGAACCACCACCAAAACUGCCAGCUGGCUUUUUCAGUGAAGCAUUCACAGAUUUUGUUGAUCGUUGCUUGAAGAAAAAUCCAUCGGAGAGAGCAGACUUAAAGACACUGAUGAAUCACGAAUGGAUAAAAACGGCUGAGUCGGAGAACGUUGACAUUGCUGGUUGGGUAUGCCGUACGAUGGAUCUUCAACCAACCACUCCAACUCGUUUAGCGAACGUACAAUCCUGAAUAAAUGUAACUCUUACAUACUUGACUACUUAUAUACGCGUUCAGUACUCCUAAGUCAGUUAUUAUUUUCCUUUCGUUCGAUUGUAUCAGGCAGUGGCGUUAUUUUUCUUUUUAUUAUUUUUACUAUUAUUUUUUCUUUUAUAUGUUUCUUAGCCUAUCUCACCGCUUAUUGUUUUAAACAAUCAAAUGAUAAAUAAGAUUUUGAUGAGGCCAGAAGAUUAUUUAUACUUAAGAACGAAGUAUAAACUCUAUUUAUGGCUAUAAAA